AUGGUUGUAUAUGUAUCAGCGACUGACCUAAGGUGUGCAUCACCAUUUUGCUCAAAGGACUUUGACGGUGAACGAUCACCUGCGGACUAUAGGCUCCCGGAACUCAACGGCGCCAUAAAAACCGCUUCCCUCCAUCCACCAGAAAAUGGGAUUUCUACCAACCACAACACUUUGCCGUCUCUGCUCAAGGCUUGUGCUCGUUCUGGUUCUGUUAAACAAGGAAGAGCAAUCCGCGGUCUCUCAAUGAAAAUGGACUUUCAACGAAAUCCCAAGGUCGCGGGCUCUCUGAUUCAUAUGUAUUGUAAGUGCGGCUGUAUCGAUGAAGCACGCCGAUUGUUUGACAAAAUUCCCGUUAGAAAUCUUGUUGUUUGGAGCAUUUUAAUUGAUGGGUACGCUAAGAAUGGCUAUCCUGGGAAGGCUGUGGAGCUCUUCCGCUUGAUGGUUGAAGAUGAUUUGAUGCCGAACGAUGUGACUGCGAUCGCUGUUCUUUCCAUGUGCGAUCUAAAGGGAGGAAGAUUAGUUCAUGGAAUGGUGGAGAAGCUUGGGUUGAGUGGGGCUGUUCUUUUGGGAACUGCCGUGAUCAAUAUGUAUUUCCGUUGUAAUGAUCCAGGGAGUGCGUGCAGAGUCUUUGAUUGCAUGCCUGAGCAAGAUCAUGUUGUUUGGAGCACCAUGGUUGUUGGAUUUGUUCUUAAUGGGCUUUUCGAGGAGGCACUGAAGUACUUCGUGGAAAUGAUAUCCUUGGACUUGAAGCUAGAACCCCUAGGGAUUGUCAAUGUAUUUAAGGCAUGUCUUGCAAUGGGGGAUUUUCAGACUGCUGAAGAGAUUCACCGUUUGUUGGAUAAGAAGGGAAUAUUGAUGAAUAUGAAUGUUUCCUCUGCUUUGAUUGACAUGUAUAUGAAGUUCGGUAAGUUUGAGGUUGCAUGCCAAAUUUUUGAUAAGAUGCCUAAGAAAGAUGUAGUAGCAUGGACUACUAUGGUCUCAGGAUUUGCUGAUUGGGGUUGUUCUAGGGAGGUCCUAGGCUACUUUGACGACAUGAUGAAGGCUAGCAUUAAUCCUAAUGAAGUUAUGUUAGCGAGUGCCUUAUCGGCUUGUGCACAUUCUGGGAUUUUAGGUCGGGGAGUUUGGAUACAUCAAUAUAUUGAAAAGAAGAAACUUGGGCCUAGUGUUAUGCUUGCUAAUGCCCUUAUGGAUAUGUACGCUAAAUGUGGUAGCAUUGAAGUUGCAAUGAAAUUGUUCGAAGGCAUGAGCGUCAAGGAUAUAUCUUCUUGGAAUGUUAUAAUCAAUGCACUAGCUAGGCAUGGAGCUAGCAGGCAAUCUCUAGACUUGUUUGAAGAAAUGCUAAAGUAUGGGAUAAGACCCAAUUCUAUCACCUUUGUUGGCAUUCUAUCUGCCUGUUCUCAUGGUGCUUUGAUGAACUCAGGCAGACAGUAUUUUUGA